UGCAAUCCUUCCUUUCUCGCAUUCAGUCGCUUCUGAACUCUCGCGAAGCAAUGAUCUCUAUAAAGAAUCGGCAUUUUAAUGUGCAUCGUAUUCUUUUACUCGCGAUUGGUUUAUGGCCUUGUCAGCGAUCAAGGCUCGUUCAAUUUCAAAUGAUUUUAUGUUUCGGUAUUCUGGUUAGUUCUAUUGGAUUUCAGCUUCUAACACUUAUCACUACAGAAUUUACUUUUGAUCAUGUCAUCAAUGCUUUUUCUGUAGGAUUGGUUUUUACUAUGUAUGUGAUUAUGUACAAUGCUUUUUGGUAUAAUUUUACUGAAAUUGUAGAACGUCCUUUGGAGGAACUUCAGCAUAUCUGUAACGAAUUAAAAGACAAAGAAGAAAUUGUUAUUAUGAAAAAAUAUGGAGAUAAUAUAAAACGUUUUACUUUUUAUGCUUUGGUGUUGUAUAUAUGCGACCUAAUUAUUCUUUUACCAACCAUUUCAUUGUCUAUUAUGCCGAAUACUUUUACUGUUGCUCUGCAUAUAAGCGAAUCUGAAUUACGUCACAUAUUAUAUAAAUAUAUACCUAAGUAUUUUGUUGACCGAAAAAACUACUUAUGUGUAGUUUUACUGUAUUUUGACGCUAUCGUUUGUAUUGGUGCAACAACAUUUCUUGCAACAGGAUUGAUGUUGUUUGCAUAUCUUAAACAUGCCUGUGGAAUGCUUAGAAUCGCCAGUUAUCGCAUCAAAAAGGCAAUAAAUAUACGAAACAAUAUUUGCCCAAAGAAUGAAGCUAUAAUGUAUAAAGGAAUAAUUUAUGCCAUACAUAUUCAUCGUACAGCUAUCAAGUUCUCCACAUUUUUAUUUUCCUAUCUUCACUUAUCACAUUUCUUUUUGAUAGUAGUUGGUGUUAUUUGUUUGAGUCUGAACUUUUACGCAAUAUCUAAGAUUGUAUCCCAUGGAGACAAAGUUGAUAAAUUUUUAUUUCAUUUUAUAAUUGUAACUGUCAUUUUCGUAUAUUUGUUUCUUGCUAACUAUGCCGGUCAAGAACUUACAGAUCAUAAUAACGACGUGUUUUUUACAAUAUAUAAUGUUCAAUGGUACGGAACACCUUUACGUAUACAGAGGUUAAUAUUGUUUCUCUUGCAAAGGGGUAGCAAAACCAUGAACCUGAGUCUUGGUGGAAUAUCUACAUUAUCCUUAGAGUUUUUUGCCACAUUAACGAAAGCGUCGAUAUCCUAUUUUACUGUUAUGUAUUCUGCGCAACAAUGAUGCAAUAAAUAAUAAAUCAUCUGAUAAUAUAUUGCACUUCGUAGUAAAAAAAGGAUGCUCCAACGUAUUUGCGAGAAUCUGCAUAAGAUCCCAUCUUUGAUCGAUGCGAUGAUACUUAAAUACACGAUAUAUCCCAGGAUUCAAUGCGGACGCGAAUAGCUAUCAAUCAAAAGAUCAAGCUGAUCCUUCGUCACUCAAGUGCAGUUUGCAAUAUCGGCUGAUUUCCGUCACCCUUCCACACAGGAUUGUGGGAUCGCAACGUAAAUUCGCUAUCGCGCGUUGACACGAUCCUGCGUAAUCGAGCGAUACAUUCUCAUAAUCGAAGGGGUUCGGUGGAUUUCGAGAUAGGGUAAGAGAGUUUUCCUACCGACACAAAAUUGGAAAUCCUUCGCUUAUGUACACGUUGCAACUCGGAGCAGAUCGUUUGUAUAAAUUGAUGUAGUAUCAACAAAAUGUAAUCCGUCGAAAUCCCUUCAUUUUUAGUAUCAAGAGAUACUAUUAAAACCUUAUAAUCAAAGAUUUUCCAAUUUAAAUUUUCU